AAUUUUGAAUCUACGCGUCUCUGCAACUUCUAACAAAUUUCCUUGUAAAACCCUAGCACUGCAAUCUUCGACGAUCUACGCAGCAGGUACGCGUUCAUUCUCGUCUACACUUGUUUCCCCCCAGUUACUUGUUUGUAGUGGGGCUAAUUACGGCUAUGGAUUCGGAUUUUUAAACCCUACAAUACAUUAUUUGUAUGAUAAAACGGUUUUCACGAAAAUUUUGUCCUUCUUGAGCGAAGAAAUUACUAUACAUCACAUAUGAAUUAUUGGAACUUUCAUUGUUGCUACCUAAUUUGAUAUAAUGUUACUUUUGGAAAAGAGAAUGAGUAAAUACUCGUUUCUAGAUGGGAGUAUAACUGUUCAACUGUUAGGGAAGGUUCCUUUCGGUGUUUGAAAAUGGUCCGAUGAUAGUAUAAUGUUAACAAUUUAACUCACCUUAUAUUAACUUUCAGCGUUAAAAUGGUAUAAAAUCUAUGGACUUUUUUUUUUAGAAUGAAAGGCUGUAUAUAAACUAAAAGUUAUGACAAUUCUGUUUUGGUAAUUUACUAAAAAAGUGUAGGAAUUUCAGAAAUCUUGUUGUCAGGCCACGUGUCAAAGACAUAGAUUUUGUUUUAAAAGACAAACAAGAAAAUGAUAUGGUGUUGGAUCCUACACUUUUAUAUUUAAUUAUAUGACAGACCCACACCUACAUUUGAGGUACACAUAUAGAGGUAAUUUACUUGGAAGUUUCAAACAAUCUUCCUUUCAUUUUCACCAUAUAAAAGCAUGAUCCUUAUUCGACAGUUUACAGUUAACAUUGCUUUGAUUCCUAAACUAGUUUUUAUCUGUUUGUGUCUGAUGGUGCCAAAACGACCCUUUAGUGGGGAGGAAGAAGGGAAUAGUUCUGGAUUUUCUAAUCAGGAAUCAAAGGGAAUCGGGUCUUCAAAUUAUGCUAGAAACGUGUUGCAGAGAGUUUCUCGUGAAGAGUUAGAGGCAACAUUGGAACCAUUAAUUCGAGGAGUGGUGCAAGAUGGAGUGCAGAGUGCAUUUCAAAAGAUCUUUGGCACAUCACCAAGAUCUACUUCUGAUGCACUUGAUACGCGUAGUACAACUACAUCCCUGCAGCUUCGUUUCCUCAAAAGGCUGCUUCCUACAUUUUUCACUGGAAAUAGGAUAGAAUCUGAGGACAGGAGUGGUAUAAAAGUAGGGUUAUUUGAUGCUAUUUCUAAUGAGAUUGUGUCAUCUGGACCCUUGUCUUCACAGAAGAUAGUGGUUGUUCCUCUUGAUGGUGAUUUCCCUUUUGAUGACAAUGAAGAUUGGUCUGAGAGUGAUUUUGAUUCCAAAGUUGUAUCUGCAAGAGAUGGCAAAAGGCCAUUGCUGACAGGGGAUCUGGUGUUGACUCUGAAAGAUGGAGUUGCUGAUUUAGGAAAUGUAGUUUUUACUGAUAAUUCAAGCUGGAGGAGGAGCAGGAAGUUUAGGUUAGGGGCAAAAGUCCAAAAUGCCACUCCUGGAGUCAGAAUCAGAGAAGCAAGAAGCCAAGCUUUCAUAGUAAAAGACCAACGAGGAGAGUUAUACAAAAAACACCAUCCUCCAUCAUUAAGUGAUGACAUAUGGAGGUUGGAAAAGAUAGCAAAAGAUGGGGUUUUGCAUGGCCAGUUGGCAUUACUCAAAAUAUAUACAGUGAAAGACUUCCUACAAGUGUAUAAUACCAACGAGUCCUCACUAUAUGGGGUACUUGGUGGGCCGAAUAACAACAAUUGGAAGGCGAUUAUCAAGCAUGCAAAGGCGUGUGUUUUAGAUGAGAGGGUGUACAUGUACAGAUGUGUUGCAGAUGGGAUUGGGAUUUUGUUCAAUUCUGUUAUGGAGGUUGUGGGUGCAACCUUUGAUGGAGAAUAUCAUCUCUCCAUUAAUGAGCUUACUGAUUUCCAGAAGUCUAUGGUGGAAGCAUUGAAGCAACAAGUUUAUAAAGAUUUAGAGGGGAUGUUACCAAUGGAUGAUUUAUCAGUGAUUGAAACUAAUCUUCAUGUUGACCCUGUUGCAACUUCUGGUUUAGAUCAACUGCAAAGAAUGGCAGAGUUGGAUCCGUUUUCUAAUUUUUCAGAAUAAAGAAUGGUAGAGUUGAGGUGAAGAAGCUUCUCCUACAUGCAUCGUUUUGAUCUUGAUGUUUAAAGUGUAUCAUAUAAUAAACAUUUUGGAUUUUUUUUUUUGAAUUUCCAUGGUAAUAAUGUUUAAAGUGUAUCAUAUGAGAAACAUUUUGGGUCACAAGAACCCUUCUAAGUCUGUUAAGAAGAAAAAAAUGGAUUGCCUAAACUUCAAUGUUCCUACACCACAAGAGUUCGGUGAUAGUAUAUAAAUCAGUUUUACAAAGUUACAAAUCAA